GGCUGUGCUCAGGGCUGCCCGGGGGCGUUCGGUUUGCCUCACAAGUAGGCGAUUCUAGACUUGGUUGGCUAAGCGUACUCUGGCGGUGCCCAAUGUUAAUUGUAUUGUAACGAAGGUCGUCAUCGUGGUGUUGUCUUUGAGGGAUUUGUGCAAUACUUUUCCUCCGUGAUGGGAAGAACGAGAUCAGCAGUUACCUCACGAGGGUGCUUUCGCGGGUUACGGGCGCGUUGUUAGCAGCUGAGGCUCGGUGUGCCACGGCCGCCGAACCCGGGUUGGUGGCACAGCAUGCAUGUGGCGACACAUCCUCUGCUGUACAGCACAGCUCCGAAGUGCAGCGCUUCCAAGUGACCACCACGUCCUGUUGGAUCCGUAGGCCGCCUCUUCUCGAGUAACGGGGGGAUUUGGUUUUGCUUCCCUAAAAAUACGUGUAUGCUGUAUAUAUGGGCAGGAACAUGGACAGUGUCCUUAAUGGGCUCAUUCUUGACAGUGCAGUCUUAAGAGCUGAAAAAUAAAUCCUGCUUGUCCCAGUGCUGGCGUUUCCUCUCUGCUGACCUCUCUUCAGGUGCAUGUUGCUGUUUCAGUUGUUUUACCAGUUCCUAUCCGACUUUUCUCCAUUAAGUCAUUUCCUAUCAUCAUUUCCUCGAUCUUCCCUUUUCCACACUGACCAGCCUGACUGAAUCCAACUCUUCCACCUCAACAGAUAUUUUCAUUGUCCCCUGAUAGUAUCAAAUCAGUACCAAAAAUUGCACCUUACCUCACAGCCAGCUUAGCCCUUUGUUUUAUUCCAGCCCUUGAGAUGUUCCUCACUGCUGAAUAUCUUGGAGCUGCUGCAGUUUAGCUUCAUUACUAUAUUCAGAAAGCAUUCUGACAACCACACUGCAAAGGAAAACUUUUUUACAGCUUCCUUCCUCCUUGGCUUCCCUGGAAACCGUUUCCACUCCCUGAAGAGUGCAAAGCUGGACAAGCAGCGUGCACUUCAGCAGUGCUUACUGACAUUCCUGACUCAUCCAUCUGAGGAAACCAGAGAGUACUUCUCUUCUUGACAUAAAGAGACUUCACUCUGUCUAGGAGGUGCCCUACACAAGAGCAGAUAAAAAAGAAAUUUUCAGAGUAAGAGGGAUAAAAGCUUUCUUGCAGAUGUACGGUAGUGCAAAGGAAGAGCUCUCCCUGAUAGCUGAUGCAUCCUCUGGUAUUUUCUCUUAUCUACUCUUCCAUUUCAAAUAUAUUACCUCUGUAAAGAGUUGUGUGUAGAGGACAGUAAAGGGAAGAAGAUGAUUAAAGUUGUCAUCUCUAACUAAGUACUCUUCUAAAUUCCUACAUCAGUAAUUCAAAUUGACUACUGAAAUCAACAAAAAAAAUGAUAAAAUUUUUUCUUAUGGUGAACAAACAAGGUCAAACUAGGCUCUCCAGGUAUUAUGAGCAUAUAGAAAUUCAUAAGCGGACAAUGUUGGAAGCUGAAGUAAUCAAAAACUGUCUCUCUCGUUCAAAGGAUCAAUGCUCUUUCGUUGAGUAUAAGGACUUUAAGUUGGUAUACCGACAGUAUGCAGCCCUUUUCGUAGUCGUUGGAAUCAAUGAGACAGAGAAUGAGAUGGCAGUAUAUGAACUAAUUCAUAAUUUUGUGGAGGUUCUGGACAAAUACUUCAGCAGAGUGAGUGAAUUAGAUGUAUCCUUUUUGCUAUCAGAAAGCCAUUUGUAUAUCUCUUUUUGGUGUAUAUUCCAGCUCAUAAUGGAACUAAUAGCAGUCAAUCAUACACUUGAGUUUACCUUUGAUGGAAAUAGAUCAUGUUCAAUUUGGAUAGAGUGCACAUCAUAUUGGAUGAAAUGGUGCUAAAUGGCUGCAUUGUGGAAACAAACCCCAACAGAAUUCUUGCGCCGCUGUUUGUGCUUGACAAAGUGGCGGAGAGCUAGGAAGAAGCAAGACUGACUGAGGCAUUUAACAGAAGAUGGUGAAAUCCUCAAAAGCAUACCAACAAGCAAUCCUCUGAUUUUGCAAGACCGACUCAUGCAAUAUUUAAAUCAGCUGAAAAAUAUUUCCUGCUUCUCCUGUACCCUAAAAAAGACACAGAACCACAAAGUGGAAACUUUAUUUUCAGACUUGUUAAGGACACAGCAGAAGCCUUUCUAGAACAAAGAAACGUUCCUCAAGAAUUGUUUUUUCUUCCAAACAAAGAAUAAAGCAAUGGAAACUUACUUGUGACUGUGUAGGUAUCGCUAUGAAUCAUGUAGCAUUCUGCCAGACCUAGAAAGACAGAAAAUAUGGAAAAACAAUUUCAAACUAACUUUCAAUGGCACUUCUUAAAACAACAAUAUGAUUUUUUAUUUUCAUUCGUAUGUACACUGCGUGUAAAAGCUCGGUAACUUCUAUGACCAUCUUUAAACUAGAUUCAGCCUUAGUCAAAAAGCUGGUUGUCUUGACCACAGAGAUCCUCUGAUUUCGGUUACAAAAUACGUGUAAAUAACACAAGUGUAGAUGUAUGUAAGAUUCCUGCAUGCUGUGUUAAGUUAUAACUAGAAGUUACACUUAAAUAUUGUAACAUUAAUAAACUAAGUAAAAUCAAAA